AUGACGAAACGGCUGCCCAGAUUUGCUGUCGCAGCGUUCACUGGCGUUGCCGCAUCGGGAGUGGGUUUCAUCCUGGUCAUCGACAGACGACUGGACCGAUGGGCCGCCGUCAGGGCUACCCUGCUCCGCAUCGCUGGCUCAUUUCCAGGGAACUUGCACUUGGUUCUGGUGUUGCGUCCCACUACUUUGUUCCAGCGGACUCUGUCAGACUUCCUGUUCAAGUUCAACAGGGACGAGUUCAAAAUGAAGGUGGUGAUGCUGAGUUCGGUGACUGAGCUCCAUGCUUAUAUUGACCCAGGACAACUCACCACAGAGCUGGGAGGCACACAGGAGUACUGCCACGAGAGCUGGAUCUCUCACCGCACUGCAAUUGAGGCGUUUGCCCUCAUGGUGAAGACCACGGCUCAGACUCUGCAGGCGUUUGGCACUGAGCUUGCAGAGACAGAAUUACCCAACGACGCCGAGGCCACCACCAACCUGCUGCACACACACACACUGAAGAAGGACACGAUGAAGGAGGACCUGCAGGUGGCACUUUCUCAAGGGGGACGCCUGUUGGACUGCAUCAACGAGCCUCUACAGACAGACCCCGAAUACAGCAUGACCCAUGAUGAACUGGAGAAUUUGGCGACUGUACAGAGACUCCUGGGUCAGCUGGAUGAGACCGAGACGGCGUUCGAUGAUUUUUGGGAGCGCCACCGCACCAAGCUGGAACAGUGUUUGCAGCUGCGCCAUUUUGAACAGCACUUCCGUGAAGUGCGCGCCCAGCUUGAUGUGACCUCAGAGAGGCUGUCGGGUUUCUCUGAGAUCAGCGUCAGCCCCGCCCACGCCGAGCAUGUCCUCCGAGAACUCGGUGGGCACGAGGACAAGGCCUGUGACGUCCUGGACCGCGCCCUGUCCCUGUCCAGCGAAGGUGACAGGCUGAUAGAAAACUCGCACUAUGCCGAGGACUCCAUCAGGCCGAAGUGCAGCGAGUUAAGGGGGGUGUGCGAGGAGAUCAGCGCCACACUGAGGAGCAAGAAGAACCUGCUGCUCAGGGCGAUGGAGAUGCACCACGCUCUGGAGAAGGCGUCACAGUGGUGUGAGGAGGGCAUCUUCCUGUUGGCCAGCCAGCCUGUUGACCGCUGUCAGUCCCAGGACGGUGCUGAAGCGGCUCUGCAAGAACUGGAGCGAUACCUGGACACGGCGCCGCUUCACACCCUCGCCGACCGCAGCGCUAUCUGCUGCCAGUAUGAAUCGGUGCUCACCACUCAGCUCAGGGACCAGGUAGAGAGAGUUUUCCAGAAGCAGGGCUCUGUGCAGGAGAUGUUCGAGAAGAGACGCAUCAGCUUGAAGAAACUCGCCGCCAAACAGACCAGACCGGUCCAGCCAGUAGCACCGCGACCCGAAGUCAAGUCACCGCACUCCUCGCCCAAUCAACAGAGAAAAGAGAGGAGAUACUCUGCAGAUAAUGCCAUCUGCAAAAAGGUGGAGUCUCCUCUUCAUAAUGGCAGCACCAGACACGCUUCUCUCUCAGAGGAAGAAGAAAACCUGGCAGUGCUUCGGCGUCACGUGAUGAAUGAGCUGCUGGAGACGGAGAGAGCGUACGUGGAGGAGCUGCUGUGUGUGCUGGAGGGCUACGCAGCAGAGAUGGACAACCCUGCCAUGGCUCCCCUCAUCCCCAGCACACUGCUCAGCAAGAAGGACGUCCUGUUUGGGAACAUGUCUGAGAUCUACCAGUUUCACAAGAGGACGUUUCUAAAGGAACUGGAAGCGUACACUGACUACCCAGAGCUGGUGGGCCGCUGCUUUUUAGAACGGAUGAAGGACCUGCAGAUCUACGAGGCCUACUGCCAAAACAAACCUCGCUCCGAGAGCUUGUGGAGACAAUGCUCCGACUGUGCCUUCUUCCAGGUCGGCCCCUCGCUUCUCAACUUUGCUGGGGCUCCACGACAACAAUAUACACUUUUUCUUAAUCUGUUUGUGUUUUUUGUGAAUCAGGAGUGCCAGAAGAAGCUAGAACAUAAACUUGGUUUGGACUCCUACCUCCUAAAACCUGUCCAGAGAAUCACCAAGUACCAGCUACUGCUUAAGGAGUUGUUGAAGUACAGUAAAGGCCGUGAUGGCUGUGAUGACCUACAGGAGGCGCUCUCCUCUAUUCUUGGGAUCCUGAAAGCUGUGAAUGACUCCAUGCACCUCAUCGCCAUCACAGGAUAUGAGGGUAACCUCUCGGAGCUGGGUCGUCUGCUCAUGCAAGGCUCCUUCAGCGUGUGGACGGAGCACAAAAAAGGCCACGCCAAGGUCAAGGACCUGGCCCGCUUCAAGCCCAUGCAGCGGCACCUGUUCCUGCAUGAGAAGGCGCUGCUCUUCUGCAAGAGGAGGGAGGAGAACGGCGAGGGCUACGAGAAAGCGCCGUCCUACAGCUUCAAACACUCGCUCAGUAUGAGUGCCGUGGGAAUAACAGAGAAUGCUAAAGGAGAUAACAAAAAGUUUGAGAUUUGGUGCAAUUCCAGAGAUGAAGUUUUUAUUGUGCAGGCUCCAACGCAAGAGAUAAAAACUGCGUGGGUGAAUGAGAUCCGCAAAGUUCUGACCCAGCAACUCAAAGCAUGCAGAG